AUGACUUCCGAUAAAGAGACAUGUUUUUAUGAAGAUGGUUCGAUUCUUUGGUGGGAUAUACUGUAUCCUGGGGUUCCUCUAACUUCUGUGAAGUUCCAUUCAGAGCCAGUUCUAAGUUUAUGCAUUGAUGGAUCAUGCAAUGGAGGUAUCUCCGGGGCAGCAGAUGACAAGAUUGUACUUUACAAUUUAGAUUAUCCCACGGGUUCUUGCGUUGUUAAGAAAGAAAUUAGUCUGGAAAGGCCAGGCAUAUCGAGCACUGCAACUCGGCCUGAUUCUAAAAUUGCUGCAACUGCUGGCUGGGACCAUAGAGUUCGAAUAUACAAUUAUCGCAAAGGAAAUCCUCUGGCAAUUCUGAAAUAUCACCACGCUAGGGUAUGAUGAAAGAUUUACGAGGCUAAAAUUCGGACAUUUUAUUUGUUCUUUUAAUCCAUCUGCUGUGACCUCAUUCAAUGUGUUCAUGAUCUGACGGGCUAUAACUCCCGUAUUUAUAACUCCGCAUGUAUCAUGCUAUUCUUCACUCGCAUUAAUUAUUCCAUGUUAUUGUAUCAUGUUGUACUAAAGUCGAAAAUGAAAUUAUCUACCCUUGCUGUGUAA